GCCGGCGGUUGUCGGCGGGGCAGUCCGGCGGGUAGUGGCUGCGGUUCCGGCUGCGGCACAACGGCGGGCGAGCGGACGGGCCGGGUCAAGUGGGCCGGGCGGGAUGCGGGGCCGCCGCCGCCUCCUGAGAGUCUGAGCGUCGGCCGGGCCGCGCCCCCCGCCCAGGCCGCCGUGGUCCGAGCGUUCCGAGCGCGGGCCGGGCCCAGCGCCGCCGCCGCCGCCGCCGCCCCGGGCCGCCCCCGGCUCCUACCCCGCCCGGGCCGGCCCGGCGCUCAUGCGGGCCGAGCCCCGCCCCCCGCCCGCCGCCUGAGCCCGCGCCCGUCCGCACCAUGCUCAAGUGCAUCCCGCUGUGGCGCUGCAACCGGCACGUGGAGUCGGUGGACAAGCGGCACUGCUCGCUACAGGCCGUGCCCGAGGAGAUCUACCGUUACAGCCGCAGCCUGGAGGAGCUGCUCCUCGACGCCAACCAGCUGCGUGAGCUGCCCAAGCCCUUCUUUCGGCUGCUGAACCUGCGCAAGCUGGGCCUGAGUGACAACGAGAUCCAGCGGUUGCCCCCUGAGGUGGCCAACUUCAUGCAGCUGGUGGAGCUGGACGUGUCUCGGAAUGACAUCCCUGAGAUCCCCGAGAGCAUCAAGUUCUGCAAAGCCCUGGAGAUCGCAGACUUCAGUGGGAACCCUUUGUCCAGGCUCCCCGAAGGUUUCACACAGCUGCGCAGCCUGGCUCAUCUGGCCCUGAAUGAUGUGUCCUUGCAGGCGCUGCCUGGGGACGUGGGCAAUCUCGCCAACCUGGUGACCUUGGAGCUCCGGGAGAAUCUGCUCAAGUCCUUGCCUGCGUCCUUGUCUUUCCUGGUCAAGCUGGAACAGCUGGAUCUGGGAGGCAACGAUCUGGAAGUGCUGCCCGACACCUUGGGGGCCCUGCCCAACCUGCGUGAGCUGUGGCUGGACCGGAACCAGCUGUCGGCCCUGCCCCCGGAACUCGGGAACCUGCGGCGCCUGGUGUGCCUGGAUGUGUCAGAGAACCGGCUGGAGGAACUGCCUGCGGAACUCGGGGGGCUGGUGCUGCUCACCGACCUGCUGCUCUCCCAGAACUUGCUGCAGCGGCUUCCCGACGGCAUUGGUCAGCUGAAGCAGCUGUCCAUCUUGAAGGUAGACCAGAAUCGCCUCUGCGAGGUGACGGAGGCCAUCGGGGACUGUGACAACUUGUCAGAGCUGAUCCUCACGGAGAACCUGCUGACGGCCCUGCCCCGCUCCUUGGGGAAGCUGAGCAAGCUGACCAACCUCAACGUGGACCGGAACCGCCUGGAGGCACUGCCAUCUGAGAUUGGGGGCUGCAUGGCACUCAGCGUCCUCUCUUUGAGGGACAACCGCCUGGCUGUCCUGCCACCGGAGCUCGCCCACACGGCCGAGCUGCAUGUGCUGGAUGUGGCCGGGAACCGUCUGCAGAGUCUGCCGUUCGCACUCACACACCUCAACCUGAAGGCCCUGUGGCUGGCAGAGAACCAGGCUCAGCCCAUGCUUCGGUUCCAGACUGAGGACGACGCCCAGACCGGCGAGAAGGUGCUCACCUGCUACCUGCUGCCCCAGCAGCCCCCUCCCAGCCUCGAGGACCCGGGGCCGCGGAGCAGCCCUUCCGAGAGCUGGGGUGACGCCCCGCUCGGCCGCGUCAGCGUCAUCCAGUUCCUGGAGGCCCCCGCGGGCGACGAGGACGCAGAGGAAGCCGCUGCCGAGAAACGGGGCCUUCAGCGUCGGGCUACGCCUCACCCCAGCGAGCUCAAGGUGAUGAAGAGGGGUGUGGAGCGUCGAAGCGAAGCCGCCUCCUGCAGGCCCGACUCUGCACAGCGCUCACCCUCACCCCCGCCCUCGGAGGAGGAGAAGAGGCUGAGCACCGAGUCUGGCCUGAGUGCGGACUCGCACCCGUCUGCCGGCACAGCCUCCCAGGGUGAGCCUGCGGGCCCGCUGGCCGGGGCGGAGGGGCCGAGCCAGCAGGAAUCCACGCCAACCUCUCAGGAGGAGGUCACAGAGGAGAUCUACGAGGAGCCCACGGUGCGCUUCGCGGAGGACACGCUGCUCCUGCCCAGGGAGGAUGGCGAGAGCGAGGAGGGGCAGCUGGAGGCCCCCUGGCCCGUGCCGGGUGAGAGGCAGCGGCUCAUCCGCAAGGACACGCCCCACUACAAGAAGCACUUCAAGAUCUCCAAGCUGCCCCAGCCCGAGGCCGUGGUGGCCCUGCUGCAGGGGACACAGCCAGAUAGUGAGGGCCCAGUAGGGUCUGGGGGCUGGCACAACGGCCCCCACGUGCCCUGGGCUCCUCGAGCCGCGGAGGAGGAGGAGGAAGAGGAAGACGAGGAGGAGGAGGAAGCAGCGGCAGGAGCCGAGGAGGCGGGCGAGAAGGAGGAGAGCGAGGGGGCUGCGGCCUGUGCACCCUCUGUCAAGGGGGUGUCGUUUGACCAGGCCAAUAACCUGCUGAUAGAGCCCGCUCGCAUUGAGGAGGAAGAGCUGACGCUCACCAUCGUGCGGCAGACUGGGGGCCUGGGCAUCAGCAUCGCGGGCGGCAAGGGCUCCACCCCCUACAAGGGCGACGACGAGGGCAUAUUCAUCUCCCGGGUGUCUGAGGAGGGUCCUGCAGCUCACGCUGGGGUCCGAGUAGGCGACAAACUUCUCGAGGUGAACGGCGUGGCCUUGCAGGACGCCGAGCACCAGCAGGCCGUGGAGGCACUGCGUGGGGCGGGCACCACCGUGCACAUGCGGCUGUGGCGGGAGCGUAUGGUGGAGCCCGAGAACGCGGUCACCGUCACGCCUCUGCGGCCCGAGGACGACUACAGCCCCCGGGAGCGGUGGGGAGGCGGCCUGCGCCUGCCCCUGCUCCAGCCCGAGCCCCCCGGGCCCCUCCGCCAGCGCCACGUGGCCUGCCUUGUGCGCAGCGAGAAGGGGUUGGGCUUCAGCAUCGCUGGGGGGAAAGGCUCCACACCCUACCGGGCUGGAGACCCGGGUAUCUUCAUCUCCCGCAUUGCUGAGGGGGGCGCCGCCCACCGGGCGGGCACCCUGCAGGUCGGCGAUCGCGUCCUCUCCAUCAACGGGGUGGACAUGACGGAGGCCAGGCACGACCACGCCGUCUCCCUGCUGACCGCUGCCUCUCCCACCAUCGCCCUGCUGCUGGAACGGGAGGCCGGGGGGCCACUUGCCCCCGGUCCCCCGCCCCACUCCCCCCCACCCCCUGCUGCUACCAACACCACCACGGCCACUGCCACCCCUGGGGAGCCCGGGCCGCUAAGGCUGGCCCCCAGUCUGCUGGCUGCUGCCCUGGAGGGGCCGUACCCAGUGGAGGAGAUCUGUCUGCCGAGAGCUGGGGGCCCCUUGGGGCUCAGCAUUGUCGGGGGCUCCGACCACUCCAGCCACCCAUUUGGCGUCCAGGAGCCCGGCGUGUUCAUCUCUAAGGUAGGGCGGACCCUGCAGGCAUCUUUGUGCACAGAGGGCCCAGCCCAAGCACAGGGCGGCCAGAGCCCCAGCCUACUGCGCACCACCCUCCCCCAACAGGUGCUCCCCCGGGGCCUGGCUGCACGCAGUGGCCUGCGGGUUGGGGACCGCAUCCUGGGAGUGAAUGGGCAGGAUGUGCGGGACGCCACCCACCAGGAAGCGGUCAGCGCCCUGCUCCGGCCCUGCCUGGAGCUGGUCCUGCUCGUGCGGAGGGACCCGCCGCCCCCAGGCAUGCGGGAGCUCUGUAUCCACAAGGCCCCUGGAGAGAAGCUGGGCAUCAGCAUCCGUGGGGGCGCCAAGGGCCACGCAGGGAACCCCUGUGACCCCACGGACGAGGGCAUCUUCAUCUCCAAGGUGAGCCCCACAGGAGCGGCCGGGCGAGAUGGUCGCCUGCGGGUGGGGCUGCGGCUGCUGGAGGUGAACCAGCAGAGCUUGCUGGGCUUGACGCACGGCGAGGCCGUGCAGCUGCUACGCAGCGUGGGCGACACCCUGACUGUGCUUGUCUGUGACGGCUUCGACACCAGCGCCCCCGAGGUGUCCCCAGGCAUCAUCGCCAACCCCUUUGCAGCGGGCAUUGGCCGCCGGAACAGCCUGGAAAGCAUCUCCUCCAUCGACCGGGAGCUGAGCCCCGAGGGCCCCGGCAAGGAGAAGGAGCUGCCUGGACAGACCCCACAGGGGGGGCCGGAGGCCGUGGGUCGGAGCCUGGAGAGCCUGACGCUGGACUGCCGUGCCCUGGCCGCCACACCCAGCGCCGGCAGUGUGCAGAGGGUACCGUCUGGGGCAAGCGGCGGGAAGAUGACUGAGGCCCCCUGUUCCCCUGGCCACCAGCAGACAAAGCCUGGGGUGAUCCAGCCAGUGGCUCAGGCCUGGCCAAGGGGCUCCCCGGCCCUCAGGGGCAGAGGUGAUCCCCAAUCCCCCCCCUCCCCGCCCUCCCCUGACGAGCUGCCCGCCAACGUGAAGCAGGCGUAUAGGACCUUCGCUGCUGUGCCCGGCCUGCACCCGCCCCUGGAGGCCCCUGCCCAGCCCCCCACGCCUGGGCCCACGGCCUCUCCGGAGCAGCUGUCCUUCCGCGAGCGGCAGAAGUACUUCGAGCUGGAGGUGCGGGUGCCCCAGACCGGGGGCCCCCCUAAGCGCGUGUCGCUGGUGGGUGCCGACGACCUGCGGAAGAUGCAGGAGGAGGAAGCCCGAAAGCUGCAACAGAAGAGGACGCAGAUGCUGCGCGAGGCGGCGGGGGACGCGGCGGACGCGGGGCGCCCGGAAGGCGAGGCCCCGGAGUACGAGGAGCCCGAGGAGGAGCCGCCCUGGGCCGGCCGGGGCCCCGCCGCAGGGCUUGGCCCCGCGUCUCCCCCGCCGCAGGGAGGCGGCGCUCCGGUGCGGACGGCCAAGGCCGAGCGGCGCCACCAGGAGCGGCUGCGCGUGCAGAGCCCGGAGCUGCCUGCGCCUGAGCGGACCCUGUCCCCGGCGGAGCGCCGCGCCCUGGAGGCCGAGAAGCGCGCACUGUGGAGGGCGGCCAGGAUGAAGUCUCUGGAACAGGACGCCCUCCGCGCACAGAUGGUCCUCAGCAAGUCUCAGGAGGGCCGAAGCAAGCGGGGGCCUCUGGAGCGCCUGGCCGAGGCCCCCUCGCCCGCGCCCACCCCGUCACCCACCCCCUUGGAAGACCUCGGCCUCCAGACCGGCACCUCCCCGGGACGCUUGUCCCCAGAUUUUGCUGAGGAGCUGAGGUCCUUGGAACCAUCUCCGAGCCCUGGUGAGUUGGCAGGCGCGGCCCCGGGUGCUCCCAGGGUGCCUGGGGCCCAUCAGCUCACUCCCUGCCCCCGUCGGCCAGGUCUGCCAGAGGAGGAUGGAGAGGUGGCCAUGGUGCUUCUGGGCAGGCCUUCUCCAGGCGCCGUGGGCCCCGAGGAGGUGGCCCUGGGCCCCGAGGAGGUGGCCCUGUGCAGCAGCCGCCGUGCCGUGCGGCCGGGGCGGCGGGGCCUGGGCCCCGUGCCCUCCUAGAGGGUCCGGGUACCUCCCCCGACUUGGAGUGGGGGCCCUGCCAGCUCCAACACCACCCUUGCCUCGAGUCUUUUAACCCGGCCAUUAGCAUUUUAAAGAGGUCCCCUCAGGAGUUCUGGCCGCUAACUGACCCCUCCCCAGCCGGGACCUCCUGGCGAGACUGUAACUAGUGAUGUUUGUACAACCAAAGACUCUAUUUUGUGGUUUAAGGAGAAUAAAAUUGACUACGUUUUA